CUUCUCCAGCCCCACGUGUGUUUGGCGCCGGCUCUCUGCGUCUGCAGUCAGGUGCAGGUGGUGAAACUGAUCUGAAAUCACACGGGUCGGAAGUGCGGAGGUCCCUGCGAGACUGCUGCGGGACGGACCAUGCCGAAAGCACCAAAGGGAAAAAUUGUGGGACGGGAGAAAAAGGUCAUCCACCCAUACAGUAGAAAAGCAGCUCAAAUUACAAGAGAGAACCACAAACAAGAAAAAAAGGAAAAGUUGAAGAAUGAAAAAGCAUUACGUCUCAACCUUAUUGGUGAAAAACUGCGAUGGUUUCAGAAUCAUCUUGAUCCCAAGAAAGGAGGAUAUUCAAAGAAAGAUGCUUGUGAAUUAAUUGAAAGAUACUUAAAUCGCUUCAGCAGUGAGUUGGAGCAGAUUGAAUUACAUAACAGCAUCAAAGACAGGCAGGGACGGAGACACUGUUCCCGGGAGACAGUCAUCAAGCAGACAAUGGAGCGUGAGCGACAGCAGUAUGAAGGCUAUGGCCUUGAGAUUCCAGACAUUGUAAAUUCAAGUAAUCUGAAAACCUUCAGGGAUUGGGAUUGUGACCUGAAGAAAUUACCAAACAUUAAAAUGAGAAAAUUUUGUGCUAAUGAUGCAGUUCCCAAGAAGUGUAAGAAGAAAACUGUUACUACAGCUGUAGACAAAGAUUUAGGGGAACUGGAACUAAAUGAUGAAUCAAGUGACACAGAUGAGGAAAUGACUGCAGUGGCCUAACUGCCUUAAGAAGAAUAGUUUGGGAACUUCAAAUUA